AUGAGCAAACAGCUCGAAGAGGAAAUUGCUCAGUGCAAAGCCGAGCUGCGCGCCGCAUCAACCCUUGUGCCAUUUACCCCGUCCCCACAGCCGAAGAGCGACGCCGUGCACCACAGCCAGCAAAGUGACCUGAGCAUCUGGGGCUUCCCACUGCAGGGGAAGUGUACAGCGCCAUGCAGCCAGCAAAGUGACCUGAAAAUCUGGGGCUUCCCACUGCAGGUCAGUUGCACCACACUCCGCAGUCCAGAGGAGGCCGCCCAGCCCUCCAGUCCCACUGGGGACGCCGCCCAGCCCUCCAGUGCCACCAGGGAUGGCGCCCUAGUUUUCAGAGCUGGCGCCCAGUAUUCCAAUGCCGGCGCCCAGAAUUCCAGUGCCGGCGCCCUGCGUUCCAGAGCCGGCGCCCAGCAUUCCAGUGCUGCCAGGGGCGGCGCCCUGCUUUCCAGUGCCGGCGCCCAGAAUUCCAGUGCCCUUCAUUCCAGAGCUGCCGGGGGCGGUGCCAUGCAUUCCACUUCCUGUGCUGCCGGGGGCGGUCCUCCGACUUUCAACCCCGGUGGGGGUGCUGCCCGACGGAGGCUGCGUCGCUUUCUGUGGCAGCGAAAGACAGCUCGCACAGGGGCUCGGGACCCCCAGCACACAAAUGGCUCAGGAUUGAACUUUGUAAACGGUGGACCCACAGUGUUCAAAAACAUCAGAGAAGAGAUUGUCUUUUACCUCUUGGCUGUGACCUCCCAGGCUGUAGGGGGCACCACAGAGACGCUAUGUAUCACGGUGAACCCCUAUGAAGUAGUUUCACUGGAAGUGAACCUGGAGCUUAAUGGCAACAGAGUCGUACUUCUGAUGGAAAUGCAAAUUAGACAAGAAUACUACCGCUGUAUCCCGUUCCAGGUUCCUGUCGUAAGCGUGGAAUCAGUAGCGUCUAUUGGCAUUCAGAUAAAUGGAGGAAGCACAUUCCUGAACAAGACAACAAAGAUCCUCAUCAAACCUCCGACUUCUCUGAUUAUCAUUCAGACGGAUAAACCCAUCUACAAACCAGGACAAACUGUGAUGUUCCGCAUCGUCUCUCUGGAUUCCAAUUUCCUCACCUACAGUCAGACGUUUCCGACAAUAGAAGUGCAGGACCCAAAUUCGAACCGCAUUGGUCAGUGGCUGAACGUCGCCACACAGAGCGGUCUUGUGGAUCUGUCAUAUCCCUUGAACUCUGAGGCCACAAAAGGAUUUUAUGUCAUCACUGUCCGGAGCCAGAAAAAUGAAGAGAACACACAAUCCUUUGAAGUCAAGGACUACGUUCUGCCCACGUUUGAAGUGACGGUCCAACUUCCUCCAGUCAUAACCAUCCUGGACACACAGGCUACGCUGAAAGUGUGUGCUAAAUAUACAUACGGGAAGCCGGUGAAUGGGACGGUGAAGGCCAAAGUCUGCCAUAACAGCUACAGAUACUUCUGGUUCCCACAAGGAAGCACAAUGCUACCAGACAUCUGCAAGGACUAUAUAUUCAAGACUGACAGGACAGGCUGUGGAGAAAUUGUCUUAAAUCUGAAUGAAUAUGCUUUAACUGAUUCACGCUAUCAACGUGCAAUCAAUGUUCGGUGUGAAGUGGAAGAAUAUGGCACUGGUGUGACUCUGCCUGGUUCAGGCAGCUCUUUGAUAUCAUCUAAUAUCGUGACCAUUUCAUUUGAGAAUUCACCAACAGUGUUUAGGCUCGGAAUGACGUAUGAAGGACAGGUUAAAGUGACCGGCCCAAACACCAGUCCAAUGAUAAAUAAAGUAGUGUUUCUGACUGCAGAGUAUGAAAUGACUAACAGACCAGAUGUAUAUGUGGCAAAUCAGCUCACACCAUACUACCCCACAGCCUACCUCUAUCUUCAGCCUUUCUACUCCAAGAGCCUGAGUUUUAUUAAAUUGAGAAGCAGCUCGAUGCCUUUCAGCUGUGAUAAAAAUACUGUGAUUGAAGCAGAGUACAUGAUACGUGACGAAACACGCAUACGAUCCUAUAUAUCCUUCUUCUACAUGGUGAUGUCCAGAGGACAUUUGGUUCAGCAAGGACGUCUUUUGGUGGCUAUGCCCUCAGGAAGAGUGGAGAUCAGAGGCACACUCUUUCUGUCACUGAGGAACAUGCUACAGUUGUCCCCGGUUGCUCAGGUGGUCCUGUACACAAUCCUUUCCAGUGGUGAGGCUGUGGCAGACAGCAUGAACUUCCCCAUUCAGCUGUGUUUGGCUAACAAGGUGUCUCUGAAUUUCUCACAAUCGUCUGAGCUUCCUGGUGCUAAAGUGUCAUUGAUCCUGAGAGCCACCCCAGGAUCACUGUGUUCAGUGAGGGCCAUCGAUCAGAGUCUGUUAUUGCUGAAACCGGAGAACGAGCUCAACACGGAAUCUGUGUUCAACAUGCUUCCUGUCCAGACGUUAUUAUAUGGAUAUCCAUACAAAAUCGAUGAUAAGGAUUCAUCCCAAUGCUGGGGGGACCGACCCAUCAUCGGCAUAUUUGCAAGAGUAUGGCCAAUUUUUAUACCAACCUACGGAAAAAUCGACGUGUACAACACCUUUAAAUAUGUUGGAAUCAAGAUCCUCACCAAUGCCAUAGUCAAGAAACCUAUUGAGUGUUUUAUCCCGCUUAGGAAAAGUGAGUCCAUAGCUGCACCAAAAAUGGAAGCCAUGGUUGUCAAAGAUGUUUCAGCUACCUCGAGUCCAUCAACUGCUUCAGCUGCCCCAGUCAUUACGAUCCGCAAAUAUUUCCCAGAGACCUGGAUUUGGGAUCUCGUUUCAGUCAGUCAGACUGGAUCAACGACUGUUAUUAAAACGGUUCCAGACUCCAUCACUACAUGGCAGGCUGGUGCAUUUUGUACAUCAUCUGUUGGGUUCGGAGUCGCACCGAAAACCCAGCUCACCGCCUUCCAGCCUUUCUUUGUGAGCCUCACCAUGCCGAGCUCCGUCAUCCGAGGAGAAGUGUUCACGCUCAAAGCCACCGUCUUCAACUACCUUCGAAGCUGUAUGAUGGUGAACGUGAGUUUGGCUGGCUCAGAUCAAUUCUCAGCACAAGUGUGUGAAAACUGCCAUUACACAAGCUGCCUGUGUGCUGACGAGAGCCAGACCUUCUCCUGGACCAUCACACCACUGGUUCUGGGGGAGGUAAGCAUCAAUGUGACGGCGGAGGCUGUGCGAUCAUCGACUCGGUGUGGGGCAAGUGCGGUUACUGUACCACAGAAAGGACGCAUUGACAUGGUCAUUAAAACACUGCAAGUGAAGGCUGAGGGAACAAAACUAUGUAAAAGUUACAAUGAACUUCUCUGUCCAGAUGGUAUUGUUCAGACGACCGUCUCACUGAUUCUGCCUGUGGUGUUCGUGCAAGGUUCAGCCAUGGCCUCAGUCUCUGUCCUGGGAGAUCUGAUGGGCCGAGCUCUACAGAACCUGGCGAGUCUCCUGGCGAUGCCGUACGGCUGUGGAGAGCAAAACAUGCUGCGCUUCGCCCCCAAUAUCUUCAUCCUGCUGUACCUGGAGAGCACCAACCAGCUCACGCCCCAGAUCAGGAGCAUGGCCAUGACCUACCUUGUGAGCGGAUAUCAGAGAGAACUGACCUACAAACACACUGAUGGAUCUUACAGUGCUUUUGGGAUGAGUGAUCCAUCAGGCAACACAUGGUUGACGGCGUUUGUGAUGAAGUCUUUCGGAAGUGCCAAGCGAUACAUCUUUGUAGAUCAGGUGUUUGUAGAUCAGGCGAAGGCCUGGCUCGGUCAGCAGCAGCAGGCUAAUGGAUGCUUUGCCUCAGUGGGACAACUCUUCCACACUGACAUGAAGGGAGGAGUGAAUGAUGAGGUAACCCUCUCGGCAUACGUCGCAGCUGCAAUGCUGGAGCUCAAUUAUACAAUUGCAGAUCCUGUGGUGAACAGGAGUCUCAUGUGCCUGAGGAAUGCGUACACACAGGUUAACUCCACCUAUGCCAAGGCUCUCCUUUUCUACACCUUCACUCUAGCUGGAGAUCAGGGCAUGAGGAACACACUCAUGUUAAACCUGGAUUCAAAGGCCAUAGUCUCAGGGGGCGGGAGGUACUGGAGCAGAGUGGAUAGUGGGUCUGUGACGGACUCUUUGGAGGUGGAGAUUACCUCGUAUGUGCUUCUGGCUCUGAUGUCUGGACCCCAACUCUCCGGGUUUGGUCUGGGUUACAGCGCCAGCAUCAUCCGUUGGCUUUCUCAGCAGCAGAACGCCUUCGGGGGCUUCAGGUCUACACAGGACACUGUUGUGGCUCUCCAGGCUCUGUCAAAAUACAGUCUCGCCACCUACAGUCCAGCAGGUGCUGUUAAUGUUACUAUAAUAUCACCGGCAGGGCUGAUUAAGAAGUUUACCAUCAAUCAGAGUAACAGGCUGCUGUAUCAGGAGAGUCAGCUACAGGAGGUUUCUGGAAAUUACAACGUCAAAGCACAAGGGAAAGGCUGUGUGUAUGUGCAGUUCACUUUGUGCUACAACGUCCCUCCUCCUCCUGACCAGUCUUCAUUUACUAUCUCAGCCUCAGCAUCUGGAAACUGCAGCAUCCCAAAUCCAUCCCUUGACGUGAAAAUUACUGUCAGGUAUAACGGUCAACGAUUGGUGACCAACAUGGUGAUCAUUAACGUCAACCUUCUGUCUGGAUUCAGUGCGGACGAGGCGUCUGUGACUCUUCUGAACAGCACUGUGAACAGUGUGGAACAAGCUGAUGGUGAAGUCAUUAUCUACCUGAAUGGACUGACAAAAGGAGUGGAGAAGGUGUACACGCUGAGGAUCGUGCAGGACAUUGCAGUGGCGAACCUGAAACCAGCCGUUGUGAAGGUUUACGACUACUACGAGACCGGCGACGCUGCUGUAACUGACUACACCUCACCAUGCACUUAAUACAGAAAACGUGCGCUUUAAUCCAUCAUCUCUUUUCCUUUUCACUUUUUUCUCCAUAUUUUACUUUCAUCUACAGUAAAAACUUUACAAUUUCACAAAAGGUUAGUAAGUACUAAAGGACAGUUUAUUUUUAGCUUAAAGGAAAAUCUGUCUUGUUAUAAUGAUCAACUUAAACAUACAGUACAUCUUUUGGUGUGAGUGUAACGGACACAAUGCAGGAGAUUUCAACUUUGUACAUGUCUAUAAUACUACAUGUACUAAAAUUCUUUGCAUAUGUACUGUAUACUGUUGAGAUACUGUAUACGUUAAAAAUUCCUGUUUCUUUAUAUUGUAGAUCAUCUACUUAAAAGUCUUUAUUCUGCAGAUGUAAUCA